AUGAAGCUUCAAACUGAGAUCUUUUUUGCUUCUAUCGAUCAGCGAAGUGAGCGAGCAGCAGGUGAGAGUGCAUGCACAGCUCUUGUGGCAGUAAUUGCUGAUUGGUUUCAGAAUAACCGAGAGCUCAUGCCCAUAAAGUCCCAGUUUGAUAGUCUGAUUCGAGAAGGCUCAUUAGAAUGGAGGAAUCUUUGUGAAAAUGAGACCUAUAGGGAGCGAUUUCCGGACAAGCACUUUGAUCUUGAAACAGUCCUUCAAGCCAAAAUACGUCCUCUUUCUGUAGUUUCCGGGAAAUCCUUUAUUGGUUUUUUCCAUCCUGAGGUAGUGGAAGAGGGACGAUUUGACUUUUUACAUGGUGCAAUGUCCUUUGAUAACAUUUGGGAUGAGAUUAGCCGUGCUGGAUCAGAAUGUGCUAGCAAUGGUGAACCUCAAGUUUAUAUUGUCAGCUGGAAUGACCAUUUCUUCAUCCUCAAGGUGGAAGCAGAAGCCUAUUACAUCAUUGAUACACUAGGGGAGAGGCUCUAUGAGGGAUGCAACCAGGCGUAUAUCUUAAAGUUUGACAGCAGCACGAUAAUUUACAAAAUGCAAAAUAUCGCAGAAUCAUCUGAUGAUAAAACAACCAGUGAUCAGCCAAUUGUGGCAGGAGCAGGUGAAUCCAAGAACCAGCAGGCCCAGCAAGCCGAGCAGGUCAAUGAAAAGGAGGAAGGAUCAACAGUAGAGGCAGAGAUAACCAAGCUGGAGGAGCAGAAGGAGGAAGAGGAGGUUGUGUGUCGAGGGAAGGAGUCAUGCAAAGAGUAUAUAAAGAGCUUUUUGGCUGCAAUUCCAAUAAGGGAAUUGCAGGCAGAUAUCAAGAAAGGGCUAAUGGCAUCCACACCUCUUCAUCACCGGUUACAGAUUGAAUUCCACUACACCCAGUUCUUAAAACUGUUGCCUACUACUCCGGUAGCAGAAGUGAUGGCAAAUGCUUCACAAAGUCUCGAACUUUCCACAACAGAGGUCGCUGCAUAA